AUGGACGCCCUCAAGUCGGCCAUCGCGCCGCUCAAGCCCAUUACCAACGCCCUCCCGCAACCUAUCCACGAUCUCGGUACCUCGAUCAUCGGCUCGACCUGCUAUAAGACUUUGAUUCUGGACCUCGACCCUACCGACAGCGAGUGCGUCAAGCUUGCCAUAUCCAAGGGCCUAGGUAUCGGCAUCAUCGCCGCUUCGUCCAUCGUCAAGGUGCCCCAGAUCAUCAAGCUCGUCAACUCCCGCUCCGCCUCUGGUAUCUCCUUCCUGUCCUACCUGUUGGAGACGUCGUCCUACCUCAUCAGCCUGGCCUAUAACGUUCGCAAUGGAUUUCCGUUCUCGACUUUUGGCGAGACAGCCCUGAUUAUGGGACAGAACGUGGUCAUCACUAUUCUGGUGCUCAACUACAGCGGCAAGCAGAGCACGGCGGCACUGUUCGUUGCCGCGCUUGCCGCUGCUGCUUUCAGCUUGUUUGCUGAGAACCUGAUUGACAUGAAGACGCUUGGACUGUUGCAAGCUGGCGCUGGUGUGCUCGGUGUUGGCAGCAAGGUCCCACAGAUCCUGGCAAUCUGGCAACAGGGCGGUACUGGUCAGCUCAGUGCCUUUACUGUCUUCAACUACCUCGCCGGAUCGCUCUCUCGUAUCUUUACCACUCUCCAAGAGGUCGAUGACAAGCUCAUUCUGUACGGUUUCAUUGCCGGCUUUGCGUUGAACUUGGUUCUGGCUCUGCAGAUGGUGUAUUACUGGAACGCACCGUCCGCCAAGGCUCGCGGCAAGAUGAAGGAAGCCCCUAUUGCUGCGGCUCCCACAUCAUCUGGCACAUCCACAGCGACACCGAAGAAGGGCCCGACUACUCGUCGUCGGGGUUGA